AUGGCGGAUGAGGAUGAUCAAAUUGUUCCUGAGGACGAGGAGGUCAAUAGGGACGAGGAGGUCAAUAGGGACGAGGAGGUCAAUAGGGAUGAAGAGGUCAAUAGGGACGAGGAGGUCAAUGGGGACGAGGAGGUCAAUGGGGACGAGGAGGUCAAUGGGGACGAGGAGGUCAAUGGGGACGAGGAGAUCAAUGGGGACGAAGAGGUCAAUGGGGACGAAGAGGUCAGUGGGGACGAGGAGGUCAAUGGGGAAGUUUCCGAGGAUCUGGACAGGCAGCAGAUGACAAAUCACAGUGUACGUAUUUACUCACGACCGUGGUGGUUUCUGAUAGAGGAAUUGGGCAGACCUUUGGUAUUUCACCUGAAUGCGUGGAUGGAGUCAUUUUUAUUUGGCAUGUCCUCCAAGAUCCUACAUGGCAUGCAGUGGUUAAGCCAAACUCUUGUGUUAGUGAACAAAGUUGAAAAUGGAAGGCUCAUAGAAAUUACUAUCUUUGGAGAACGACGUGCACAGUAUGUCGUAAUGAACGUCUUCCUCGACAUGGCAGAGUUGUGCCAGCAACGUGUGGAGCGAAUUACAAGAAUGAUACUACUUGAGGAGUUUUUGAAGACCAAUGGAUCUGGUCUCAAUACCGAACAGAUGGAGAGGCUUCAUCUGGACUAUUUAAGUGGCUUCUGCUACUCAAGAGGAGAAAGUCUAAAUCUCUGAAAAAUGUUGUCCCCUUUAUUUUGGUGGGUCGUGAUUUAAUCAGUAUUUUGAUGCAAAUGUUUGCAGUACCAUUG